GUCUUCGUAACCAUGGAAACGCACCACAAACAAAUCUGUCACAUUUUCGAAAGAUGAAACAGUUUUUUAAUCCCGAAUUGCUCAUGAAAAAUCAAUAGGAAACCUAACAUGGAUGCUACAGAAGAUCUCUAUUGUGCAGAACAGAUCUCCAUCCCUCCAACAUUUCCCUAUCUUUUGAGACAGUAUGCGAAAGCUGCUAUCAGGACGCAACCUGUAGAUUUGCUAAAAUGGUCUACCACGUACUUCCGAUGUCUGGCGCUGAACUGCCCUCCGCCGGUAAAAACGCGUCUGGAGUACCCCAUUCCAGACGACUGGCACGGUCUGACUCCCGGAUGGGUCAAGUCGCUGUACCUCCAGAUCCAUCCGAGCUCCACGGUCGAGUUCAAAGUGCUGUGGGAUAGAUGGAUGGGUUCCUGUCAGCAGCACGAACAGCUCAUCCAGAUUCUAUGUCUGGGCGGCUUCAAGGACCCCAUGGCCGUACCGUGGCUGAAGUUCAUCGGACUCUGUGCUUCCAUGAUAUCCGCCUCUCUCACGCAAACCAUGAUAAUGGUGUGCGAAAUCCUGACCGAGGAACCGGACGGCGCGUCCGCAUCCAUAACCCUCGAGAAGUUCCUGACGGUCUACAAGUUCCUGGCGGCCAUAGACGCGUCCAAGGAUCAGUGGCUGAAGAACAAGUACUUUACCGAUUCUCUGCUCGGUCUGUGGAAGGAGAAGAAGGAGAAGUUCGAGGAGGCGAAGAAACUGGAGGAGUCAGAGGAGGAGGGGGAGAUCUGUUCGGAACCUGAGAUCUGCGAGACCGUCCAGCAGAAAGAGGAAGGGGGAGGAAUGGAGGUAACCAAGGAGGUGUCGUGUCCCAGCAUCAAGGAGGACGAUUACCAGAAGAUCGAGGAUUAUUUGGAGGCCCAAGAGAAGCUGGCUGGGGCUCAGGAGGAAGAGCACCGUGAAGGUGGAUCCGACGAUGAGGUCGAAGAUAAAAUAACAUCGCCCAAGGCUAGAACCAUGGGGGAGACCACCGACACCACAGAGCCGGAAACUGACGGGUACGGUGACAGCACUCAGGACACAGAUGAGAUGGCGGAAAAGGAUAGGAUACGACAGGAAACUCUCAAAACGGCGGAAAGGCAAGCUUUGGCAGACAUGGACGAACGCCACAAGGCUCAAUACGAAAAGGACAAACUACAAGGCAAAGACGUCCAGCUGGUCAAGAAGGCCCCGGAGCCCCAAGAGCCCGACUUCGAGGAGAAGGGGUUGCUUGAAGAUCUGGCCAAACUUAAGGCUCUCCAAGAAGAGAUGAGAGGCGAAGACGACCACGAACUGGAGGAAUACAAACGGGAAUUGAUGAAACAGCUGGAAAAAACCCCGUCCGAAUUGGAGGCCAUGUCGCAUUUCGCUAGCAAGCUGAAGGACCAAGAGGAGAAGGUCCUCUUGGUCAUACAGACCGAGGAUACCGUGACCAAGUCCGAAUCCGGGGCCGAAACCGUGGAAGAAGAAGAUGAUUCGAAAUUCGAGGAUGUUCUGGUGACUGCGAAACCAGGGAUAGGACCAAAGGUUCCCGAUGAUCUGGUUAAGGAAAUCGAGAGGUAUAUGAAGGAGAUGGCGAAGGUUCAACACGGGAUGGUUAUGCCGAGAAACAUAAGGCAUUACGAUUGUCCCCCUUUGGAAGAGAUUGAGGAAUUAGAGAAAGAAAUUAGGUUCUUGGAUAUCGAUAAAAAAUGAAAUUAUAUUGAAUUUUUAAAUAUCUAUAUAUUUCUUUGUAUUGUAAUAAACUUUUGUUGAAGAA